AUGCGAACACGUUGGGUGACCCUCGGCAGGGUCCCCCAGCUCUCGGCGCUUCUCCUCUUGGCGAGCUGGACGACGUCGUCCGCCAUGCGGAUGGACCCGGAAAGAAUCGCGGCGAGGAUGCGAAUCGACGAGAAAUGGGACGACCUCGAGGCCUUCCGAGCCGCCAAGUCAAGGAAUACACGGCAGAUUCAGCCCAAAGAGAUCAAUAUUUCGGUAAAUAAUUAUUCAAUAGCUUCUAUGAUCAUCGAAUGGGUCGGAAAAGGCUCAAUAGAAUUGUUCCUUUUUGCUGCCUUUUUGCGCCAUUUCUUGGGCUUUUAUGCACCAUUUCUGCAGCCUCCUUGCUUUUCCACCAUCUCCAGAGCCUUCAAAAUUCUAGAAGGCUCGAUGAAGGGACCCUUUUUGCUGCCUUUAUGGGGCCUUUUUUGAGCCGCUUCUUUUUAGUGGGCCUGAGCUGUUUUUCUGUAGCUAUUUCUUCGUGAAAAACUUUUUUACAUCCUUCAACUUGUUUUUUUUUUACGAAUUCUUACUUCAACAAAUGCUUGUAAACCUUUAGGACAACCGCCUCUAAAGCUUUGAUUUUGAGAAGCUGACGAGGAAGUUCAUUUUACUUUUAAUUAUUCUGAAACUUUGCCCGAACACUCCUUGCUCUACCAGAGGAAGGUCCUGAAAGUUUCAAUCUCUACAAAUUUUCUUUUUUUUGAUCAAGGCUACCUCGAAGUCGAAGAAAACCUUCAAAAUCCGUAAAAAAUAUGCUAUAGCCUAUUCCGCGCCAACUUGUCACGUUUUUCUUCCCGCCGAACAUAUCCUAUACCGAAAUAGGUCAUAAUUGAGCAUCGUCGCUCCAAGAUCUUCGUUUUUUGCAGUUUUAUAGAGCAAAAGGUGUAUUUACGGUAGCUUUUUCUUUUCUGUUCUUUUAAAACGUAUUUUGAACUAUAUUUCGGGGGCUUUGAGCCCUUGUUUCCAGUAAAAUAAGAAGUUGAGCAGGUUGAGACUUUCAGAAUGAUCUUCUGGUAUAGUCUGUGUGUCACGACUUGAAAUUUCACGGAACGACAUUCCGCUGCGUGCGUUCGCGAAGCGUCUUUCGAAUCUAAAUCCCGCUUUCAAUUGAUUGUUAUUACUGUCGGAGCACAUGGAAGUCCCUUAAUAAAAGAAAAAAAAAAAUUAAUGGCGCGCAGCGGAACAGCGGAAUGUCGUUCGGUGAAAUUCCAAGUCGUGGUACAUAGACUAUAUCUAAAUGGGUGCUCCGGACAAUUUUCUGGAGGUUCUCAACCAAAAAGUAAGUUCACCUUCCUUGUGAUAACUGUUUACCUUAUGCUCAAGAAGAUACCUAGGUUCAAACAAAAGCGAUAAUGGGUUGGAUUUCCGUUGUGACGGUCUUUCACUCGGUUUCUCUGCUGAUUAGGUUACGUCCCGCGUACAAAUACAGGCGGCAAUAUGUGCACACAAACAAUAACAGGCGGAUGUUUUGGGUCCUCUUUUGGGCGUUCCGUUUCCCUUUUUUCCAGACCACGUCGACGAACUCCUUUGGUCGUGCUCGUUUAGCCGUUUUCUUUGUUCUAACCGAUGGAGGGAAGGAUUUGGAGGGAAAUGGGAGGAACUAGAAAAUUUUUUUUCUUUGAGGGACACGUAAAAUGUGAGGCUUUACUUGAAAUUUAUGGAAAAAUUAGGGAUUUUUUUGAUUUUUCAAUAAUUUUUAAGUUUUUUAUGAAGGCGAGAACAUUAAAAAGAAAAUUUUGGCUCUAAUUUUUUGAUCAGCUUCUAGGAAAACUAAACUGGGAGAUCUCCAAACGCUUCUGAUCGUAAAAAAAAUCCAGAACCAUAGAAAAUAUUCAGACACCGAAAAACCGAAUAAUGAUACCGAAGCUCGAUUUUUCCAUUACUCGGGAAAAGUCGGAAUGGCGGAUAAUGGUCGCUAAAAGGAGGAGGCUUAAAAAAGGCCGCAAAAAGGUAGCAAAGAGAGUCCCUUUUUCGAGCCUUCCAUUUUUUCGGAUUUAAGGAAAAAAGAAGUUUGGGACUUUUGUACAAAAUUAUUCUUUUUCUCGAACGCCUCAAUUCGGAAGACGUGGUCAGAAUACAGGUAGAUGACGUCGAAAGCUCCCAUGUUUGGUUUCUAAGUCAGAACGAAACUUUGGGUCUUCAAAAAAAGCUGGAAAGUGAACUAUACAGCGAGUGGAGUGAAAUCUAGGCCCUUCUCCGGGAACACUGUAGAAAUUCUUUUCUUUUCCAAUUUUCACUCCGACCAGAAGACCAACUUCACUUCCUCAGAAGUCCCGCUUUUAAUGGGCAAAUAUUUAUUGCACUAAAUUUCCCUAUUUGUACUUCUUCCUGUAUUUGCUGCAUUUUUUGGGUCACCCGGUCAGAGGAAAAGAAAACGAAAUUUAUUCAUAUUCUGAAGUGUUUUGAAUGGAUUGGAAGAUGGUUCAGAUUGCGGGAGGGACUAAAUUUUUUUAAUAUUAAUUUUUUUUAUUUUUUUUGUUUCCAGAAGGAAAGCUCUUCAAAAACUUGAGUUUUGGUUGACAGUGUUCUCACUCUAAACUGAACGAAUUUCAUGAUUUUUAAAAUUUUAUUUUCACCUUUUAUGUAAAAGAAAAUCACCUGAACUAGUAAUGAUUAUAUAAAUUACAGGUAACAGCCCCGUUAUUCUCCAGCCGAUUAUUCGAAUACGGCCCAAAAGCCCAAGAUUCUGAACUGCCACAGGCACUGGACGUUGGCAAAAAGGUGGUCCUCAUCGAUUUUUGCUUUUUUUUAAUGAGUUCUUUUUUUUUCCAGAUUGAUCUUACUCAUCCAAUCACUUUCUAUGGGGCGGAGUACAAGACGAUUUAUGUGAGUUUCAAAUUUUCCAAAGUUCUUGGUUUAUUUGAAGGAAUUUUAUGAAAAAUUACAUAAUUUUGAACCUUGAUAAGAUUUUUUUCAAAUGGAGAAGGUGCUGAAAAAAAGAGGAAGAAAAAUAUUUUUUAAAAUCCUUAUUCCAAUAAAAAUUUUGAAAAAAAGCGUCAAAAAAAUCAUUAAAAGGGAAACGAUUCAGGGUCUAGAAAAAGCAUUAAAAAAAUUUUUCUUACCAGGAUAUUACUGAUUUCCAGAGAAAAAAACCUUGAAGUUUAAAGAAAAUCGUCGAAAUCAAUGCUUGAUGGGAUUUGAAAAGUCUCAAUUUUCCAAAAUUUCUGGUUUUUAAGAAUUAAUAGCCUAGCCUAAUGAAUUUUUCGAACCCUAAGCUGCUUAGGAUUCAAAAAAAAGCCCCAAAAAAAAAAAGUUUUUUGAAGAUCCUGUCCAACGGAGCGAUCGGAAUCGACGCCAACGCUCGGUCCUACCGUUCGGGCGUCCUGCCCAGCGCCACCCGAAUCAUCGCCCCAUUCUGGAACCGCAACGAUCUGAGGAACGGAGGACAUGUGUACUAUCGGGAAGUGACGAGUGAGUGACAUCUCUCGGCGCCCGCCAUGGCAGUCAUGUCCGAGUGGUUAAGGAGAUUGACUAGAAAUCAAUUGGGCUCUGCCCGCGUAGGUUCGAAUCCUGCUGACUGCGAAUCGCUUUUUGCCAUUUUUAAGGACAUUUAUUAUCGAUUUCUGUUCAAUUUCGGACAGUUUCUUUGCUUUUUCAGGAAAGACUAAAGCUUUUUUUUCACUCUGAUUUUGGAAAAAUGGUCGAAAACGCGCUCUGAAUUUUAAUCUGUCGAGUUAAUUAACGAUUUUCGUAAAAGGGACUUCUUUUUUUUCCCGGAUAAUGCGAUUUUUGAAAUAUUUACGAUUUUUUUUUGGUUUUCACAAGUUCUUCAGAGGGCCCUUAAACACAUGCAAAGUUCAAAAAGUCUUAAAAAGGACUUUCGGAAAAAUGGCUUUUAGAAGGUCUUAAAGGCGCCUUUUUUCCUAGACCUUAUCCUGAAAAGGACCUUUUAAGGAAGUAGAAAAAAAAGGCGAAAAAAAGGGGAUUCCGAGAAACUUUUGACACCUUUUUAGGAACUCCAAAAGGAGCGUUAGACUCUUUUUUAAGGCUUUUUGAGGUCAAUUAGAUUUUGCCUGUGAACCAAGAAAAACUUCCCAUUCUCCAUUUUAUUCAAUUUAUUCCCUACAGGAGGAAGAGUAAUCGAACGAGGCCAGUCUGAGAUCCGGUACCAGUACGACAAAGACGUGAAAGUCGUCUCGGCUCUCAUUGUAACCUGGGACAAGAUGCAACCGCUCAACACUGCCGCGUUGCCGGAAGAAGUUGAAAAUUCAAGAAAAACUGUGUUAAACUUGAAAUUUGUACAGAAUACGAACACUUUCCAAGCCGCCAUCUUCAUCACCAACAAUGGAACUUUUGCCAACUUCAUCUACAGCAAUAUUGGUUGGACCCAGGGGGCUGAGGUGAGAAUUGAGAAGAAGUUUUUGUCUUUAGAAUAAUUAGGAAUUUCUAUUUUUCAAAUUACUUAGGCAAAUCCUGAGAAAGGGAAGCUAGAAGGUCUUGGGAAAGCUUCUGGAAGGUGAUCGAAAGUUAGUUGAAAGGUAUUUGGAAGGUGAGAAUGAAAAUGCCUGCCAGAAGCCUGCUGGAAAGCUUCUGGAAGGCUUCCGGCAGGCUUUUUUCGUAACACGUAAGUAGAAGGUGUUGUGAAGCUAUGUGGAAGGCGUUCGACCACUUGCUGGAAAGCUUCCAAAUGCCUUCCGAGGAACCGAAAGCAGAAGCUUCCCAACCUUUCCCUGAGUAGUUCCCCUCAAAAAUGACUUUACCUCGAAAAUAGGAACUUCAUGGGGAAUUCCUUGUCUUCUGGUUUUCUCGAGCUUAUGAAUGGCUGGUUUGAAAAUUUGGGAUUUCUAAAGCUCUAGGAAUUUUUUGCAGUAGUGAAAGGCUACUUGUUCAAAACUUAUGGAUCGCAGGCGAAUUUUUUUGAUUUUUUCGGGGUAACUGAUAAUUUUUCAUAUUCGUUCAAAAUUUUGAAGUUUUUGUCUUUAGAAUGGCUAGGAGUUUUUUUUUUAAAGUCAUCUUUCUUCGGAAUAUUACCACUUUAAUAGAUAUGACUUUUAUGGGGAAAUUCUUGUCUUCUGGUUUUUUUGAACUUAUGAAAAGCUGAUUAAACAAUUUUGAUUUUUGAAGCUCCAGGAUUUUUUUUGCUAUAGUAAAAAUCUUGUUCAAAAGUUUUAGAUCGCAGGCGAAACUUUUUUAAUUUUUCCAGUGCAACUGAUGAUUUUUUUAAUAUUCAUUCAAAAAAAUUUUUCUCUGAAAUUUUUCUUAACCCAUGAUAGAGAUCGUUAUGCUGCGAGAUUAUUAGAAUAUUUGGAUUUGUGUCCCCUUUUAUCGUGACCUCAUCAUCGUUUCCGAUUUUAAUUGGACCGAUUUUUAUCGAAGGUUUUGAGGGAUGAUCUCUUGAGAUUGGAAUAGGGAGGACAGAAAUCGAAAAGGGAAAGAAAAACUGUAGAAAUCGUAUCGGAAAAAUGAGAAAAAAAUGUCGUGAGUUUAGCCAUUCCAAAUGCGACCAUUUUUCAGAGACAAAUGAUCUUUUUCCGUCUUUUUUCUUGCUAUUUUAAUAGUUUAUGAACAAGAAUGGAUGAUUUUCUCAAAGAGCGACGCUUUAGAAGGAAGAAACUAUUGUGAAAAUUUUGACAAGAAAGUCAUAAAAAUGAUUUUCCAGUCUGGGUUCAACGCCGGCGACGCGACGAGCCACUUCAAGCUGCCGACCUCCGGAACUCCGAACAUCAUGUACCUGGAAGAGUACGGAAACACGGGAAUCCCCGGGCGAAUGGAUGUUCGAACUGAGCGAAGAGCGGGUCAUCAGCUGCAAGGGCGGCAUCAAAGGCGACACCUGUGAUCAAGGUAUCAACUGAUCAGAGGAAUAAUCUCACACUCGGAUUUCUGAAUGAGACCAUGUUUUCUAGAUGUAGUUUUUUAUGCUGAUUCCAAAUCCGGCCUCAGAAGUCUGUGAAAAGAGUUAUGGAUUCUCAAAAGUCGAAAAUUUAGUAGCUUCUGAUUGAGCUCACUUUUGGAGGGUAUAUAGACCUUGUCUCUCUGGUCACGAAAAACUAUCGAUUUUGGGGUCGAAGAGAUCAUUUUUUGUGGACAUUUUUGAUUAAAAAACGAUCGAAUUUUUUUUUUCGGUGGUUUUUCAAUAAUUUUAAGCCUUGUAACUUUGAAAACUUUCAUUUUGAGGAGUUUUUCAAUAUAUUCUACCUUUUUUGAACCGGUAAGUAGUAGAUUUUCGAACUGGACUUCAGAUUUUUGCCUUUGAUUUUUGUGAGAUUCAUAACUAACUGAAAGGGGUUCAUAAAAACCUCCAAUAUUUGAAAUUUUCAUACCUUUCACAAAUGUGCUUCAAAUCGGCUAAAAUGAACUGUUCUGAGCUCUCCAGAAUGAGCUCUCUUCUGUAGGAAAGUUAAUAAAUAGAUCCAAAGGACUCUUAAAACUCUAAAAUUCUAAGAUUUCUUAUUUUUUGUCCAGAAAAAUUUCAAAUUUCAUUACUUAUUUUAAAAUUCUUCAAUUGGUUUGAAAGCAAUAGUUUGAAGCUUUGAAUAUUUCAUAUAAAUUAUUUGCUUUCCAGAAUGUUCGGCCGGAGAAUGGGGCCCGGACUGCGCCCACUGCUGCCACUGCGCCGAAGGGCGAUGCGACACCUUGACCGGAAGUUGCUCGAAAGGAUGCGCGACCUGUUGGGCCGGCCAGGCCUGUCAAACUCGUCAGUUAUAUUUAGUCUCUUUUAAAAAGUGGCAGAAUUAAUAUUUCAAAUCAUUAAAAAUUAAAGAAAAAAAUUCACUGGUUAAUCUGCCAAGACACGAGUUCUUCGUACAUUUUCCUCCAAGAGGCACUCGAGUUUUUGAUCAAAGUGAGCUCGUUAGGGUUCACUGUCAAUAAAUUAUCAUUUUAGUAAAAGUAAUCUUCCGUCAUUUCCCUGAAAAUCGAGAAGGUCUGAAACUCGAUUUUAAUUCGAUAAUCCCGACUUUUUCAGAUGCAAAGUAACAAAAAAAACAAUUUUCCGUUAUUUCCUAGGUUUCAGAAAUCUUUCAAUAGUGAUUGUUUAGUUUCUGCUUUUAAGAAGGAUUUGAUUCAUAUCUAAUUUGAUUCAUUUUCAAAGUUCUGCUCUACUUUUUUAUGUUUUUGAGGGAUUUUCUUAAAAGAAACCCUUAAAAAAUGUUGUAUUCUUUGAAAAUAAAAAAAAAACUGAUGAAGAUAAUUGUUUCCAGGCCAAGACAAGUGCGCGACGAAGGUCCAGUGCGCCCCCAACGCCCUCAGUUUCAAUGACUUUGAUCGUUGUGGAGAGCCGAUCCAAAAAUGCCAGUGUAUUGCCGGGUUCGAAGGCGAUGGCUACAAGAAGUGUGUCGGUGAGUUUUCCGAAAAUUUUGUUCAGAAGUAUUAAAAUGGACCUUUUCUGACUGAAUAUUAAAUUUUUUGGGCUUCUCAGACGUCCAAGAAAAAAAUGGGAAAUAUUUCAGAAUUCACAAAAUAUUUUUUUGAGAAAGGGUUCAUCGAUUUGUAUUCAUGUUAUAAACAGGGUUUUUUUCAUUGUAACUGAACAUUUCUGAUUAUUAUUGGAACUGAAAAAAAGGGCUCAAAAAAAGUUGAAAAAAAUCGAGGGGAAAUUCCGGCGGAAACAGAUUUUUUUCGAACUACGAUCAAAAAAAGUUCAAGAUAAGCACUUGUGACUUGAAAUUAAAAUUAGCAAAUUUUUCAAUGAGAUUAAGAAAAAAUUAAUUGGAAAAAUUUACUAGCCUACUGGAAUUUUUUUGAGUUAAAAAGCUAAAUAAUGUAAGGAGCAUAAACUUUUUUUGCCAGAGUAGCGAAAUUCCACCAAUUUUUUUAUUUAAAAAAAUAGAGCUUCUCCAUAAUUAUUUUCUUGUUUUAAGACAUUGACGAAUGCUCGAAAAAUUCAACGAUUUGCCACGAACACGCGACUUGUACAAACACCCCAGGGCGCUACUUUUGCCAAUGCAAAGAUGGAUUUUCUGGUUCGUUUCUUUGAUGUUUCAAGAAUCCAUUGAUUGAUUUUCAGGCGAUGGAUCUUCUGAAUGCAUCUCUUCGAUGCUCUUCCCUUACGACACCCAUAAGCAGCUGCCGAGAAAGAAGAACUCGAAGAUCGACUGGCAGUUGAAGAAUCCUGUCAAGAUUUUCGGAGAGACGAUGGAUAAGUUGACGGUGAAUACAUUGAAAAUAUUGAGGGAAUCAAAAUUUGGAUAGUAUCGAGCUAAGAAAAUGUAAAUCAAGGAAAAUUGGAGGAAAUCUUCUUUUUAAAAUUUUCCCAGUUUUUUUGACAAAAAUUUAUUGUUGAACUUGUACUUUCAGGCUUUGAUUAAUUUGUUUCUGAAGCCAUUUAAAAAAAUAAAUGAUCAAAAAUAAUUCAGUUUUUUUCAUAAUAAAUAAUUUGUGCCUAAUUGAUACAGCUUCGAUGAUGAUUUUUUUGAAACUCUGAGCGUGAAAAAUUUGUCAAAAAUACGUUUUUGUCAAAGCCAUUUUCUAAUACACGGCAUGACCGUAAAAAGUAAUUUUUUGGAAACUGUUUUUCCUUUUAAUUCGAAAAAAUUAGCUCUAAUAGUUCAAUUCUUCAUGAAUUUUAUACGAUUCAAGCUUUUCACAGGUUAAUAAGUAACAUUUUGUUUUCAAAGGAAGUAAUUACUGGAAUUUUUUUCGAAUUUCAUGAAGAAUAUCCGGCCCGGUUUGUGUAGUUUUUUUAUUUUAAAAAAAGAAUUUUUUUCAUCUCUCGCUGAGCUAUUGAAAGAAAGAAAAUUUUUUAUGAACCUCGUUUCAAAGAGAAUGUGUGUGUAAUUCUUCACAAGUUCUAAUUCAGAUCACUUCUUCUGGGAUCAUCGCGACGAACGACGUGAAGAAGGACGGCGCCAAGUUGGGAGAUAUGCAAGUCGUCGGAAUCGCUCCGUUCUUCGCUCCGAUCGACCUGAGCCGAGGGGGAGCCAUCGCCGUUCAGGAAGUUGAAGGUCCAUUUUUAAUGAUUCUGCAUGAAAUUCUACCCAAGUUCCACUCAAUUGUUGUGUUCUUCAAGAUCUUACUCCUGUCCAAAAUUCACUCAACCUGAACAUUUUUUUGCAGACGAAGAAGUCCUCCGAAGGCUUCGAAGAACCAUCGGCGACCACUACAACGACCAGUCCUUCGAUCCGAAAAGCGUCUUGAUUGUCACUUACUCGAACGUUUCCGACGGAGAGACGCCCAAGGGCAACACCUUCCAGACGGCGAUCGUCAGCGGCCUGAACGCCAAGCAGGAGAAACUCACCUUUCUCGAGAUCCUCUACAAGGAUAUGCCGUGGGGUAAUACUGCUGAGGUGUGUGAUUGAUUCGGGUCGCGUUUGGAAUGGCUCGAAAAGUUCUAUGAAAGAGAAAUGAGUUUUUUUGAAAGAAACUCUUAAAAAAAUUAUGAAGAUAGCGACUUUUUCGGUACGAUUUCCAGUUCAUCCAAGAAUGUUUAAUCGUAUUUUUUUAAAGUUUUAUAGAAGACCGUAUGAUUCAAUAAUAAUAAUAAUAAUAUACUAAGAUGAUUUCAAAUACUUACCUGCGAAAAUGACUUCAUUUGAAACCAGGUAGGGCAAGAAAUCUCGAGGUUAAUAAAAAAAAAUGGUAGUUUUCUAUAGCUUUGGUAGAAUUUUCUUCGAAGGAAAGUAAAAUUUGAAAAGUUUUGGAAUUUUUUUGAGUCAAUUUUCUCAUCUCUAGGCCGGUAUCCUAUCCAAGGACGCGGCUUCUUCCAUCAUUUUCCCGGCUUCCGGCACCCCAGCCAUAACUCAACUUUCCAAGCUCAGCAACGUCAAGCAGCCCGGAACUUGGCUUUAUCGAAUCGGUACACAAAAAGUUGAUCUAUCUGAUUUUCUUCCAAUUUCUACAGAUAAACCGAAUUUGACGCCUUGCGCCCUACCGACGCAAGUUCCGCCGUUCUGCGAUAAAGUUGCUGCUGCUGGAGCGCGUCAGUUUUUUAUUUUUCUAGGGAAGAAAAUUGGUUUUUUAUUUCAGGCGAAAUCAAGCCAAAACUUCCCAGCAAACUGACCGAAGAAAAGAAGGAGGAUCUGACUCUACCAUCAGCCGGCGUUUUCCGGAUCGACCAGCCGACUGGAACCAUCAGACCCUCGCUGUCGAGAUUUGCGCCGGAAGGAAAUGUGGGGCUUGAUCUUUUUCCUAAUGGAAAAUUGCGUAAAAUUCACAAAAAAGUUUUCUUUGUACUUAAGGUGUUAGAAGAUCUCAUUGAGAUUCUCAAAAAAACUUUGGAAAAAGACGAAACUUGAAAAAAACUUCGCAAAAAUUGAGCCCUUCAUGUACUUUCCUUUCAAUUGAAUUUUUUAUUUUGAAUGUUAAAAUGUUUCCAGAUUCCUGAACUAUUUAGAAAAACUAACAGGAACUUGAAAAAAAACCCCCAAAAUUCGAAAAAAAGUAAGAGUCCUUCAUGUGUUUCGACUGGUAAAAUUACUUUUUUUAAAUUAUGAAAAACCUUUAUAAAACUUAAUAGAAACUUGAAAAAAAUGGUUUCCCGUAUACUUUGUCUGUCAGAAAUUAGUAUGAAUAUGUUUAAAAAUUUCGAAAAAGUUCCAAUUGUAGGACACUCUUUCACAGAAGAAAUCAAUUUAUCAUUUUCCCAUUGAGCUUCUCAAGCUUUUGAAUUUUGGGAAGCUUGCUGAUUUAAAGGUGAUAAUCUAAACUUUUUGCAUUCGUACUGGCACUUUUUUUCUUCCUUUGAAACUGAUUUUUUGGAUUUGAAUUUCAACUUUUUACAAGAAAAUUAGGUUAUCAUACGUUUUUUGCAGAUAUCGAGUUUCAAAAAGUGUAGCAUAAUUUUAAAAAUACCUUUAUUCAAAAAAAUUGACACAAAAAAACAUGAAAUUCAGGUGAUGUCGGUGACGAGUCCUCCGAUCCAAGCACAACGGGCGACGACGAAAGCCACCCGACCAAGGCCUCGCUUUGGCAGCACCCCGCACCGACCGAUCGUCUCCCUGGCCAACGAAGACUUCGAAGUCGGGCCGGACGCCUUCGAAGCCACUUUCCCGCCUUUCAUGACCGUCGUCCCUCAGCUGAUGAGCGAGAAGAAGGCUCCUCGCCCUGAUUUCUCAAUCAAAGCGGUGAGUCUAGGAGUAAAAAAUACAAUUAUUCACGUGUUUAAGGUGGCUUCCGCUGCAAAGUUAUCUCUGACUCUAUCCACAUUUUAGUUAUCUUUUCCACUCUCUGGCGGCUUUUUUGAAAAAUCAUUUGGAACAUGACAAAAUUUUGAGCGAUUCAGCCGGGGUCACAUUUUUAAGGGGCGAAUUUCGGUCGCUUGUAAAAAAUUAUCGGAGCUGAACUUCAGAAAAAUCUUCAGACGCCGUUUUUUUGUCCACGUCAUUAAGAAUCAAAUAAUUAAAAUUUUAUCUCGAAAUGUUCUGUCUUAGCGCACUUAGCUUAGACGCCCGGCCGCAAAAUUUGAAAAAAACUGAAAAAUUCCAAGAUUUUUUUCUUGCACGACAAACGGAGUAUAGUCUGUUCAGAUUUUGAAUGUCAAAUCGUCGCUCAAGCUCCGCCCCUAAUGGUACGAUAAACCAAUCAGAGAGCGAGCCAUUCACAGAGUGUUUUUGAAUGACGUCAUUGCACUUGACAUUCAAAACCUGAACAGACUAUAGUGGCAGAUUGAUCAUUUUUUGUGUUCAAAUCUUAAAAAUCAAUAAUUUUUUCUUUUUUUGAAGGUUGUCGAUAAGAAAAGUUUUGAAUUUUUUUCGCAAAAGCUGAAUUUCUGAAAUAAAGACUGCAAAAAACAAUACUCAUCGACUGAACCUCUUUUUUAAACGCAUGAAAUUUUUCCAGCCAUCCUUGGUGGCCGAAAAAGCUACUGAACCUCCCACGACCACGACUACUACAACGGCUAGAACUACAACCGUCGCUGCUCAAAAAGAAAAAGAAGAAACGAUUUCUUUUGCCGGAACUUUCAAUGCCGACGCCGAAGAUGAGACGACCCCAAAAAUGGAGAUCAAAGCUCCGCAGAAGACUGAAGAAACUGAAGAGACCGAGGAGGAAACCGACGAGAACGCUGAAGAUCUUUUCGGCGUGGAGGAGGUUCGCGAAGUGACUGAGAAGGUUUUUUUUUCUAUCAAAUUUUAAAAAAAAUUGGGUUUUCAAGGAAUUGACGUCGGCUAGUCCAACUGAAGCCAACAGCCAGAUCUUCGUCUUCAGCACGACUUCGAGCAAGGCGGUAUCAAGCUUAGAUUUUCGGAACCCUGAAAGGAAGAACUUCAGAUGACCACAACGACGACGACGCCACGACCCCGUCCAGUUGCGUCUUCUGCGGCUCCGCCCCGAAGACCGCCCCUGAAUAUUGUGACGGCGCCAACGAACAAGACGCCGCCCGUUGCUGAGGAACAGAGCGAUCGAAGUUGGUAUUGGGAAAGGGAAAAGAAGGCUAGAAGAUCCUGAAGUCGUUCUUCUAAAAAUUUCUGACAGUUGGAAUUUUUUUUUGAAGGAGAAGUAAAAUCCAAAAAGCAGUUUAGAAAUUUGAUUUUGUCAAUUUGAUUUUCACGAAUUCUGGACGUUAUUCUAUAGCCGAUUCACGGCUAGCUUGGGACUCUAAGGAGGCGUGGCCUGUCUGUGCUCUCCACCAACCAGACACUGUCUCUUUUAUCACCGUGUCAGGACCCUUUUACAUGGCUCAAGCCAGUCGAGGAUCAGCUACGGCAAAAAAGGAGCAUUUUUAUCGUGUUUAUGAAACUAUGGGAUUUUUUUCUUCAACGAAAUCUGCUUCCAGGCAUGUCGAUUCUACAUCAAAAAUGAAAUUUAUCGGAUUUUACCUCGUUUUUCUCUUGAUUUCUUUUGUCAGAGUUGAAAUAUACUUUUUUUUAAAGUUUCCCACUAUCACUUACUAUCGAAAGAAGGUUUUACUUCGACUUUUACUGAUCCCAUUCAGAACUGGCGAUCAUCCUGCCAGUGGCGAUAAUCGCCGUCUGGAUGCUCAUCCUCAUUUUCAUCGCUCUUUUCGUCGUCUGUAAAAAGAGGUUCGCCACAACGAGUUAUGCUUACUACCAUCACAGGUGCUUGCUUUUUUUGGUUCUUUUUUCUUGGUUUUGUUGCUUUUUCAAAUAUUUCUGUUGCUUUUCGGGGGUUGUAUGAAGGAGUAGUCGAUAGUUUACUAACAUUUUCAAGAAAAAAAUCGCUUUUUUUUUCUAUUUUCUGAAGUUUUUUGCUUUUUGAAAAAAAUUAUAGGCUUUUAGGAUUUUGAGUUUCAAGCUCAAACUCCGCCCCUUAUGCGUGGAUCAAGCCAAUCAGAAGGCGAGAUAUGCACAGAGCAAUGUGGGGGCGGAGUUUGCUGCUUGACAUUCAAACUAUGAACAGAGUAUACUUUAAUGAUUCUUUAAAUGCGCGGCUUGUUUGGAAAAAAGUCGUAUGCUCCUUUAAGAUCGUUUAUAAAUGUUUUUUUAUGCUCCUUUAAAGGCGCAGAUUGAACUAAUUUUUUUCUGAUAGCCUAAUGCGCCUUUAAAGUCCUUAAUUUUUCAAUAACUGGCUGAACUCACACUAAGACUUAGAAACCAGAAUAUUUUCUCUUAAUUCUUUUUUUUAGAUUUUCGAUAAAUCGUUCCCUUCCAGAGACACGUCAUCACAACUUCGAGCCAUGUAUGGUCCGGCCUAUGGCGUCAGGCCAACUUCCUAUGAAAUCAAGAGGAAAGACAGCACCUAUGAGGAUCACCUGGAUCGGGCAGCUCGGCUAAGCGGCCAGCCGCAGCUUCAAGCCCAACAGGUUCAGUUCAGCCUGAUUUUUUUUUUCGGGAGUUUUUGGUUUUCCGCGCCUCAUAUUCGAAAGAAUUCUCAUUUAUUCAAGAAGCAUUUUUCAGUCAAAAGUCACUGAGAAUUGGAAAUGUUUCAAAUAUGAGGCUUCACUGUUGGGCUUUUUACUAAUAUAAGUAACUUGGUGGCUUCAUAACAUUCAAAAAAAGAUAUUUUUAGAAAAUUCCAAAAAAUACCUUCAAAUUUUUGAAAAGAUUACGGUAGACGUCUUUUGCAAGUUUGCGCGGACGUGUAUGCACCAAAGUGAGGAUGACGUCAUUUUUUUAGACAAAAAUUUUUUUCGCAAAUUUUUCCUUCUUUGUUUUUUCUUUGUUGUUUCAAAGUGUUUAAUUUUUUUUUUAUAGUACCGUGAAAUGUUUGAUUAGGUUUUUUUAUAGGACCUGUUUUCAGCUUUCGAAAUAUCCUACAACUUGAAUCGCGUUCUGCUUUUAAAUAAUUCGAUAUAUUUUUUUGUCCAACAGUUCUGAAAAAAAUCCACAUUUUUUUCUUCAAUUUUCUGCGUUUAUUUUGAAGAAAAAAAAAUUUUUCACAAAAUUUUCAAGGAAUUUUUAGAACUUUCGUCAAAUACGGAAAAAUUGAGAUUGGUGUGAAUUUGAAAAAAAAAAUCAUUUUUUAAAUAAUUCGUUAAGAGAUUCUCAUUCUUAUGCCGUGCUCAAAGUAAUUCCCGCGAAAUGCAAAAUUAUCUCUGACUAUCAAAAAUUCAGCUAUCUUCUCCUUUUUCUGACGAUCAUUUUGGAUUUUGCGGGAACACGGCAUUAAAUUUACGAUUAACUUGACAUUUCGCGGUCUUUUGGUCGUUGCGGGUGGAGCUAACGGGAAAUUUCAGGCCGGGAAAAUUUCGCUGUACGGCUCGUACUGGAACCUGCACCAGCACUCGCCGCCUGGCCGGCCAUCUUCGCAGGACCGACUCUCGCCUCACUAUUCUAACCACGGGUACACUAAUCCAACGGUCCGUGAUCAAGCUCUUUCUCGUGGUUGAGGAAAAUUAAUGGGACGGGGAAUUUGAAUGAAAAAGGUGGAGCAGAUAAGGAUUUUUAAAGUUAUUUUUCCACCUUUUCCUUCAUAAAAAAUCUAACUUUGGAGUGGUACUAGGCUGGAUAAUAACGUUAACGAUAAUUAUGGCUCAUUCAUGAAGUUUUCUCAAGGUUUAGGUCUCGCUCACGUUUCAUUAUUGAACUAUGAGCUUACUCUCAGUAUUGGGUGAGUUUUUCUAUGGUAUUAUUAUGAAAAGUUUGAAUGAAAACUCAUUUUAAUAUAUUUUUCCAAAGAAAAAAAGGUCACUCUUUAGUUGAUUUUUUUGGGAGGAAUUGCAUGAAAACUGUGAGUUAGAAAAAGCUUGAAACGAAUUUUAUCAGUAAUUUGUUUAGAAAAAAAUUUUUUUUCAUAUUUAAGUCCCGUUUUAUUUAAAUUAUACUGUAGGGAAACUUUAUAAAAAAAUGCAAUACAGAACUUUGAAAAAAAAAAUUUUAGGGAUUUUUUUGAACGUUACUUCUUUCUGUUGAAUAAAUUAUUAUUUUUUUAGCAUCUAGGGGUUUUUUUAUAACCGUUUAAGAGAUCACUCUGUAACAUUAUAAUCAAUUUUCAGCGGUACAACUACGCAGGGCACUAUUAA